UCGUCGUGUUCCGUGCCCCGCUCCUUCUCCUCUGUUAAGACCACAAAGAUGGCGGCGGCGGAGGACCUGACGUUGCUGGAGAAGUUGCUGGGCUUGAGAAGAGGGAACAAGUAUAGCGCUCAAGGAGAGCGCCAGAUUCCAGUCCUUCAGACGAACAAUGGGCCAAGUUUAACAGGCUCGGCUACUAUUGCGGCUCAUCUGGUCAAGCAGGCCAACAAAGAGCAUCUUCUAGGAAACACAGCAGAAGAGAAGGCACUCGUUCAGCAGUGGUUAGAAUACAAAGUAACUCGCAUUGAUGGACACUCCAACAAGGAAGAUAUCCGAAGUAUAUUGAAGGAUCUUAACUCAUAUCUUGAAGAUAAAGUCUACUUUGCUGGUAAUAAUUUUACUGUAGCAGAUAUUUUAUUGUACUAUGGACUUCAUCGUUUCAUAGUUGACCUUACUUUUCAAGAAAAGGAGAAAUAUAUGAAUAUGUCUCGCUGGUUUUCUCACAUUCAGCAUUAUCCAGGCAUCAGGCAACAUCUGUCUAGUGUUGUUUUUAUCAAGAACAGACUUUAUACUAAUACUCAUUAGAAUAUCAUGAAGAUUUCCAUGCCAUACAGAAGAGUAACUGAAAAUUGCUUAAAGGAAAUGGAAUUCUGGACCUUGUAAUUAACUUAAAUAUCCAGUCCUUUGCAGGCUAGAAGAACUUUUGAUAAUGUGUAAAAGUAUGUCUAAAUUUUUAGUUUAUUCUUUAGAGUUUACUUUGCAGCUUUUUAAUGUAAAAAUGCAACUGUAGUUUUUAAAAAUUUGAAUCAAAAUUGAGUUCUAAAUUGCUUUGUUUUGUAGGUGAAAUUUAUUUUGACAAAGUUCAAAUCAGUGACUCAAUCUUAGUGUAAAAAAAAUCUACAGUGAUUUUAGUAUUUGCUCCUGUUUAGCUAUUUAUUGACCUCUGUACCAUAUUUAAAAUUUCAUUUUUUUUAUCCAUGAAUGUUUACACUAGUUUGUUUACUAUAAAACUUUAAUAAAUUGUGCCAAGGAUAGCAAAAGGGAAGAGAUUUAUUUGUUUGAAAAUAUUUAUGUGAUGUAGUAAAUAUGGUUGAAAAAGUCUUUUUUGUUUCUUUUCUGCAGUCAGUAUUCAUUGGGGUGAAAUUAAGAACUGAAUUGCCCUUAGGGGAAGUGGAGUGAUAUAUAUUCUCUUGAGUCAAUGGAUUUUUUUUGUUGUUGCGUUCAAUAAAAUGCAAUGAGUAAAGAGAGAAGGCUAAUACCAGGAGGUUCCUCACUGAUUUAGGACAGGGCUCUCCAACCUUAGGUUAUCUUAGGGCCGCAUUAAAAUAAAAUAAUUAUUCGAGGGCGGUACCCAGAAUAAAAAAAUACAGUACACUAAUAGAAAGUGGGUGAACCGUGCAUCAUCAAUACGCAGGCGAAGGCACCAAAAACACAAAACAACAAAGGAACAACACAACAGUAUAAAUGUAGGUGCAUACUGACUAGUAUGCAACAUACAGACCGAAUGCGUCCCACAGAUCCGUUGAAAAUUCCGUGUGAUAUGUUCCGUUCCUUAUACUGCUUACAAACACCAAAGAAAAUUAACAUCAAUGAGAUUAUUUAUUAGUGUCGGAAUUAAAAAAUUUAAUACACAUCCCAUGCAAAUUAUUAUUUUAUUUUUUUGCUCUUGAAAAUUAAAACCCACAGAUGGGCCGCAUAAAAUUACACUGUGGGCUGCAUGUGGCCGGCCGUAUUUUGGACAGCCCUGAUUUAAGAUAUAAUGAAUACUGAAUUUUCUCAACCAAGUCACAUCACUUGUGUGUACUUCUUAAGUUGGUAUAACAGAAAUACAAAAGGAGGUCAUCAGUACAUGUCUAUAUAUCUGAACCUAUAUUAACAGAAAGUCUCCUUUUCAAAAUAGUGGCAUUUGGGCUCUUGUUCAGUGUUACUUAAUGUUUUGACUACUGUUACAAUAAUAUGAGAAGUAUUCAAGAGAUAUCAUGAUAGAAUUCCUAAUGAUCCUUCAAUUGUAUUGCUGCUAACUAUCUAGAAUGGGAAUUCUUAAUCUUUUUUCUCUCAUAGACCCCCUUAGCAGUCUGAUGAAGUAUAUCAAUUCCUUUGCAGGAUAAUUGAAGGAAAUAAUAGAUUUCAUUUAGAGGUUAGUCAAAAUAAGGAUGUAGUUUUUUCCUUACCCAACUUUACAGCCCUGUGUUGGUAAGCAAAAUGGGCUCUUAGCACUUAGUUCAACAAGUGCCCUUGAAGAGUUUGGCUUUGUUUCUUUUGAAUAAUUCAGUGUAUUUCAUUGAGUCUUACUAAGUGCUAAGCCCCAGGCUCUAACCCCUAUUAGGUGUUAACCUAACCUAUGUGGAUGUGAAUCUCCCAGGGUCCGAAGGGGAGGGGCUAACUCAAGAGCCAAUCAUAGCAGCCUAAGUUCUGGUCAUUCAGAUGAUUUGAUGAUGAUAAGAAGAGAAGACAGAGCCAUUUGCUCAGGGCUCUCACUCGUGCUGGUGUGCUGAUGCAGACUACGGGCAGCUGUAGCUAAGGGCCCUCCAGCUUGUAAACCCGGAUGCUGAGACUUUGUUAAACUCUGGUAACUAAGUAUUGGGAUUUGAAUCAGACAAGAUCUGCCUGUUGAUGUUUGUAAUUUGUUUGUAUUUGUGCCGAAGUUCAGGGUGCUGAACUAAGUGAAUGAUAUUUGUACGCUGAAUUAAAGUAAGCUUCUCAACCCCUUCACGUAGCUUUCCUUAGUUAAGCAGAUCAAAAGAACUUGUGCUUUUGCCGAGUGCUUGUUGUUGGGGUUGUGUUGGUCUUACACAACAGCUACUAGCCAGAUUGUUGAAACAAGCCCCCUCCCCGAAAAUCAAUCCUCCAAUCCAGGGCUGUCCAAAAUACAGCCUGAAGGCAGGCGCAUUCAGCUGGGCUGGCCUGCAGUGCUAUUUAUGCACCCACCUACAAGCAUAGAGAUUUACAUAAAUGCUUUAGUAAAGGAAGCUGAGCUACCACAAAGCUCUCACUAAAGUGGCAAAUCAAAAUGUAUUGUCUGUUGUUUCAAUAAAAACCUAAGGUUGGACAGCCUGGCUCUAAUCUCUUUAGGUCCAUGUACCAUGAGUUAAGAACCCCUAAUCUGGAACGUUGAAUUUUCUAAAAUGACAUUUAAACCAGAAACUGAAGUCUUAUUACAUUAUGGUCACAACAAAUAUUGGUGCCCAGUCUUCAAUUUUCUGCCCCACCACACUCACUUUUUCACUGUAUAACUUCCAACCAUCUGUACCCCAAAUUGAGGAAGUGAUGUUUUUAACUCAGAAGAAAAACCUCUCCUCCCACUCAUAGGGUUGCAACCAGCUAAAUUCGAUUGUUUCACCCAUUCCCCAAAUUGAAAUGCAUUUCCCUAGAAACAUUGUUAUAAGUUGUGUUUAGAUUCUCUGCUGCUCUUGAUAGUGUAUAUAUUUAGGCUACAUUAUAAAUUGGCUAUCCUUGGCACUUGAUUUGUUCAUUUCACUUAUGCAGUUUUCCUUGGUUUUAUCCACUCCUUUCUUUAUGCCACCAUCUAGGUAAAGACCCUUAUUAUCACCCACCUGAGCUCAUUUCCUAACUGUCCUCCCCACCAGAUUCUCCCUCCUCUCCAAUGAUUCCCAGUCCUGACCAAUUGAAACACAUAUCUGUUGUCUAUUGAAAGACUUGCUUUAAGGCCCAUUUCUAAUACUCACCUCUAUGAAGUUUACUCUGAUUCUCCUCAGCAGCCAGAAAUUAUUUAAUUCUUUAGACAUCUCAUAUCACUUAGUAUUUCUCUUCUCUGUCACAGAGAUGUACAGAUACAGAUGUCGUAUCUCCCUCCUCUUUCCCUCUAUUUGCACAAGUUAUGAGCUCCAUGUGGACAAGAGACCAUGUUUUAAUUUUCUUUGUCUCCAUCUGUAACAUUGACACAUCCUCAAUCACACAUUCUUCUCAUAAUCCUUGUCAUGGUUCCUAAGCUUCACACACACACACACACACACACACACACACACACACACACUUUUAUAAAGUAACACCGAGGAAUAUAAUUUUGGUUACUUUAAAAAUUUUGUAACUUUGAAAUAAAUACCUAAUUUAGUUUUAUUAGGGAGUUAUACCAUGCUUUGUAUUUAGUAAAACUUUAAUAAAUUAAACAGAUUAAAAUAUGUUUGUGGUGCCCAACCAUCAUUUAACAUUUCUUUGGGGAAUGGUGCUUCUAAUUUUGAAAUAGAGGACCCCCAUAUAGAUUUUCAAAGGCUUAGGGUACUAGCAACAUAAACUAUACUAACUAGAAUUAAAUCUAAAAUGAUUUAGAAGGGAUUUCACUGUCCUGCGGUUCAUCCUGGUCAUCUGUUAUAUAAAUGCCAGUAAAGUUAUAGAUGACCCAACUUUUACUAGCCCUGAUAAAAUGUUUGGUUUUAGAUAAAACAGGCAUACCUUUUACUAAAUAAAAUUGUGUAAACAUGAGCUGCAUUCUCAGAAAGUUAAGUCAUUAGUACAUGGAAUCAUACUGACCUAGUGAUAUUUUUUUAUUUAAUGAACAGGAUGAAUGAACUAUCCCCUAAUUUAAUGGACAGGAUGGACAGCU